GGAGAAAAAAUUAUUAGAGAGAUUUAGAAUCUGAAAGUGAAGAAAAAAAUAAAAAAAUGUUGAAAAAAUGUUUAUUGUUGAGGUGAAAUCUAAAACAAGACUCAGGAAAAGAAAUAUUCCAAGAUGCCAAAACUUUUUGAAGAAAUUAUAUCUAAAUUUUCUUUUAAAGAAUGUCAAAUGCAUUUUAGAAUACCACCACAGGCUUACGAAGCUUUAUGCCAAAUAAUUAUCUCUAUUAUUAAAAAAAAUAAUCAUACAGGUCAUCCUCAUAAAAAUUUAGAAAAACAAAUAUUAGUUAUCUGGUUGUUAGGAACACCAGAUUCGUACAGGUCUGUAGGAUGUGGAUUUGAUUUUGGCAAAUCAUCUUUAGCAGAUGCUUUUGUUAAAGUUUUACGAGCUAUUUAUAAAAUUGCACCAGAUAUCAUAAAAUGUCCACAUGGAGAAGCGGUUGUCAUUAUCAAAGAAAACUUUAAAUCUUUUGCUGGCAUAGAAAACGUUAUUGGUGCUAUAGAUGGCACAUAUAUUCCAAUAAAAACUCCAAAAGAAGAUGCCGAAGUUUUUAACACAAGAAAGUGUUUUUAUGCAUACGCCUUACAAUGUAUUAUUGAAUCAAGUUUAAAAUUUAUUGAUGCAUAUAUAAGAUAUCCUGGUUCAGUUAGUGAUAGAAGGAUAUUUACACAAUCUACUAUUUAUAAAAAUAUAGAAUUGAAUGUAAGAAAUUACUUUGAUAAUAAAUCUUUUAUAAUAGGAGAUAAGGCAUAUCCCUUGAAAACUUGGUGCAUUCCACCGUACAUAGAACACAAAAGAUUAAAUAAUGCAGAAACAUGA